GGUCCUCGUCCCACACCGACUGCGCUCCAGCCUUGUAGCCGGUCUCUCUUCCUAUCCUCGUCUAGAACCCCACAGCCCCCUAGCCUCCCACGCCACCGCUCUCUGCUUUUUCCGAUCUCCGUUCCUGCCAGGCCUGCCUCUCUCUUCUUUCGCCCCACCACUGCGUCUGGGACUCCACAGGCUCCGCGCCCUCUGUCGCCCCCUACUCCGGGCCCGUGAGAGCCCGAGCUCCCGGCUGACUAGGAGGCACCACCGACCACCGCCGCCACGGCCAACGGGGGUGCCACACAGCGCCACCACAGCAGCGCCGCCAACGUCGCCGCCACCACUCGCUUGCCACCCACUAUGGCCAUGCAGCAAACAGGUAGUAGGAAGCGGAAAGAGCCCGCCAUCGAGGGGGCCGCUGCGAGCUCAUCCUCGCAGGGUUUGUUGGCAGCAGACAGCGAGGGUCCGCUGCUACCCAAGAGGCAGAAGCGGCCGGCUUCACGGCGCUCGCUGGUGCACUACCUGAAGGACCGCGAGUGGGGUGUGCGGGGCCGCGUGGGGCUCACUGCCUUCGAAGGCAAGCUGCGCAGCUAUGCUGUGCAGAAGCUGCCGGAGCUGCUGAGAGAGCGCGAGCUGGCCCUGGGCACCCUCAACAAGGUGUUCGCGUCUCAAUGGCUGAACGCCAGGCAUGUGGUGUGCGGCACCAAGUGCAACACGCUCUUCGUGGCCGACGUGCUGUCGGGCCAGAUCACGCGCAUCCCGCUCAUGCGGGACCGGGUACCCGAGUUGGCCCGGGCCCAGCCGAGCUGCGGCAUCCACGCCAUCGAGCUGAAUCCCUCCAAGACGUUGCUGGCCACCGGGGGCGAGAACCCCAACAGCCUGGCUGUCUACCAGCUGCCCACCCUGGACCCCAUGUGCCUGGGCGACCACAACGGCCACAGAGACUGGAUCUUUGCCAUCGCCUGGAUGAGUGACACAGUGGCUGUGAGUGGGUCCCGCGACGGCACGUUGGCUCUGUGGAAAAUGGACCCCGACAUGUUCAACGGCAGCAUCGCCUGGCACAAUAACGCAGGCCUCCCGGUGUACGCCCACAUCAGUCCCACGGACAUGGAGACCAUCCCCAGGUCCAGCACCACCACCAGUAACAGAAAGGUACGAGCCCUAGCCUUCAGUGGCAAGAACCAGGAGCUGGGAGCAGUGUCCCUAGAUGGCUACUUUCACCUGUGGAAAGCCCGGAGCACCCUGUCCAGGCUGCUGUCUAUCAGGCUGCCCUACUGCCGAGAGAACGUGUGCCUGACCUACUGUGACGAGUUGUCCCUGUACGCAGCGGGCUCCCAGUCCCACGUCUCUUUUAUGGAUCCGCGCCAGCGCCAGCAGAAUAUUCGGCCACUGUGCUCCCGAGAGGGCGGCACUGGCGUGCGCUCACUGAGCUUCUAUCAGCACAUCAUCACAGUGGGCACCGGCCACGGCUCCCUGCUCUUCUAUGACACCCGUGCCCAGAAGUUCCUGGAGGAGAGGGCCUCAGCAGGCCAGGACUCCUUCCUGGCGCCUACAGGGAGGAAGCUCAGGCUCACCUGUGGCAGAGGCUGGCUGAACCACGACGACCUGUGGGUGAACUACUUUGGGGGCGUGGAUGAGUUCCCCAAUGCGCUCUACACCCACUGCUACAACUGGCCAGAGAUGAAGCUCUUUGUGGCUGGGGGGCCUCUCCCUUCAGGCCUCCAUGGGAACUACGCAGGCCUCUGGAGCUAAGGGUGGUCACUGUGAUCUCCAAGUGCCCAGAUUUUCCUUCUCCCUUGUCAUUUUCCUUCAUACCACCAUCUUUUUUGCCUUAUCUUACAAAGAAUUUUGGCUAAUCCUUGGUGUUCUUUCUUUGAGUGAUUCACGUAUUCUCUUCCUCUGGGCUUGUAGAGUCAUGGUUCUCAUUACAAUUCAGUACUUUUCUUUUUACCAGUAUUUCAAUAGUAUGUUCAGGUCUAUUACACAUUUCUGAUGUAUGUUAUUUCAGGAGAGUGUGUACUAAAAAGUGUCUUUUGGGCUGGUCUGAAGGGACUACCCAUAAUAUAACAGGGCAGGUUUAUGGCCCUGCUCCAAUUAGAAAACACAUUUCAAGUUUUAGAUUGCCACCAUUUGGGGUGUUAUAUUUGGGUGUUGGAAACUCAUUGUUUGUUGUUUGUAUAAUGUUGGUGCAUAAAGUACUUUUAAAAUAUGUUCCCUUAGUUUAAAAGUAUUAUGGUGUUCAUCCUAUUAAUUACAGUUUUGAUUAUUCAAUAGAAGGUUUUAGCAUCAAUACCCCCCCCAUGCUCUCAUUCUUAUACCAAGCUGCUAUAUUAUGGCCUAUUUUCAUGGGUGGCAUUUAUGCCACAGAUUUUCAGAGCUAAUCAAAACUGGCCUACAUGUGGCAGGACAAUCAGGGAGGUUCUUUUUGGGGUAAACAUUUCUUUAAAAGUCAGGUAACAUUAUCCAGGCAGUCCUUUACUGAGAAAGGCUGGCUGUUGUACUCAAGGUAGUUGGUGACAGGUUUUUUUUUUAUUGUAUACAUGAAGAAUUCUUUUAUCUCGAGUGAGUUUGUGAUAUAUUACAGAAAAAAAUAAACA